UUCUAGCACAAGAAGAAAUAAACCUAAUUAAAACAAACGUCCUCAUACCAACUAUAGAAAAUAUAUUUUCUUCGCCCCGAUUUUCGCUCGUCUUUUCGCCCCAAAGAAUCGGAGCACGUCCGCAUUUGACAUCAUUGCGAACGUACUCCACGUAACGUAAACAAACUUGCUUCCGUGUGUUAAAAAAAUCUCUCUCUCUAAUCAAAACAAGUGCCCGCCGUUUUGCAGCAGCACAGCCGCAUUUUUCGUGUUCUUUCGGUGCUGGUGGACUGUAAGAUGUUUAAAAACACGUUUCAGUCUGGUUUUCUAUCGAUACUUUACAGUAUCGGAAGCAAACCGCUUCAAAUCUGGGAUAAAAAGGUUCGCAAUGGACACAUCAAACGCAUCACCGAUCAGGAUAUUCAAUCGUUGGUGCUUGAAAUUAUCGGAACGAACGUUAGCACCACGUAUAUAACCUGUCCGGCGGACCCGAAAAAGACACUCGGCAUUAAACUUCCCUUCCUGGUGAUGAUCAUCAAAAAUCUCAAGAAAUACUUCACCUUCGAGGUGCAGGUGUUGGACGAUAAAAAUGUUAGACGUCGGUUUCGGGCCAGCAACUACCAGUCGACGACCCGCGUUAAACCCUUCAUCUGUACCAUGCCAAUGAGGCUUGACGAGGGCUGGAACCAGAUCCAGUUCAAUCUGUCCGACUUCACGCGGCGUGCCUACGGUACCAACUACGUGGAAACGUUGCGUGUACAAAUCCAUGCCAACUGUCGAAUACGGCGCGUAUACUUCUCCGACCGUCUCUACUCCGAGGACGAACUGCCGGCAGAAUUCAAACUGUUCCUGCCAAUUCAAAAACCGCAAUCGAAAGCAAUCGCUCAACAGGCGUGCUAAUUUUAGAGCUGGUAAAGGUAUUUAGCAUAAAUUUGGAAGCUUUUUUUUCUAGGGUAUAUAAAGACCACAUGAUCAUACCCUUGAAUAAGCAUUUUAGAGUAUUUAUUUUCACUUUACCUUUUUGAAAAAUUUAAAAUCAAACAAAACAGUGGCCUUGCAGAACGUUGGAAACUAAAAUGGCGAGCUCUUAGCAAAAAUCGAAGAUAACUAUUUCAAUAUUUAGUGCGUCAUGCCCCACUUUAUAAUAGAAUAUCUUCAGAUCAAAGCAAAAAUUUGUAAAUUGUUUUUACUUCUCUGUUCAUUUCACAUUAGCGUUGAAGUUGUUUCCACUGUAUGAUGCAAAUUAAUUUUCAUUAAUAUUUAAAAUCUGUGAAUAAUUAUCAUUUUGAGACACUUUUAAACAACAACAGAAUGGCGUUUGAAAGAAUUUUUGCUGUAAAACUUCCUGCUGGUAAUAACAUAUAGGUACAUGAAUUUUAUAUUUCUUCUGUAUAUUAACGUUCGAUUUACCACUGCCAUUUAUUCUUAUCGAUAAACGAACCAAAUAAAUAAAUUGUAUGAUAAAAUAUCCAAAUUGUGUAAUGUUGGAAAAUUAGUUAUUUUAUGCCAUCAUUUUCAUUAGGUGCAAAUAUUUCAAUUAUCACCAUCUCGUCUACAACAAUACAUGGUUAAUCACAGACACGAUCGAUACGCCCAGUUGCACCAUUUUCUCGACUCAUUGGAUUUGCACCCAAAAGGUUUUGAUGAAAGUAGCCUGAACGACACACAAAACAGAUAAUCCCAAAAGUAAAAACCUCAUCAGAUUUGGAGCGUAUCGCUGCGGUGUAAAGGGCUAGGCGAUAGUUUGGCGCACAGCCUCAUCGGCUGUAAAGCCGAUGGUGCGAGGAAAAUAAAUUAUCGCCCCCAUUACCCGGGGUGGGUGGAAAUCCGUUUUUGGCAUGAUUUGGAUUAUUAAUGCCGAUUGAUCUUGAUCUUUAGUUACGCUUGUACUAAAAGGUACAUUCUCGGCACAGCGUACCAUGUUGUUCUAGCUUCGGUUAGCCGAUUGAUUGAGCGUACGCGUUACCCUUACAGGUGAGAGCAAAUGCGUUUGAUUCGUUCAUCGUUUUCCCAAACCCCGCUCGGUUCGUCGCUCGUUACAGGUGUGAGCGAUUAACCGUUUCGCAUCAGUUUGGUGUGCAGUUGGUUGGUUCGAUGCGGGCAAAACAAAACAAAACAAAAAUAUGUUGGUAGAUUAAGGUUUUGGAGCAACAUACGGACGGGAAAAUGUUGCCAUGGUUUGGCUGGUGGAACGAUUCGUGUGAAGAGUCAAACCGGGAGCCAGCGCGAGAGAGAGUGUGCAAGAUUACGCGAAAUCUGGUUUCUGCGGUGCGUUAGCAUAAAUCGACGAGAAUUUCGGCCGUGUGUCGGUUUGACCUGAUUAGCUUACAGGGUUGAUGGUAACGAAUGUUGGGAAUUCGAUUGAGUUUUGUUGUACGUUAUAAGUAGAC